AAUCUGUUUGUAUGUGCAUGUAUGAAGUUCGCAGACGAUGUCGCCAAUGUCUAUGCAAACAACGCGGUUGUAGAAGUCGUGACUGUGAAGACGUUUGAAGCCCCUCUGACCAGGAAGUCACGCUCCAUCCUCGAGUCCAAGCAGAUCGGUGCGAGAAGAAAGAAUCGAUUCAAGACCACUUCUAGUAACCCAGGCAGCCCUUACAACCUGGCCUACAAGUACGACUACGAUUACGCCGUGGUCUUUAACAUUGUCCUGUGGCUGAUGAUCGUGUUAGCUUUAUCCGUCAUCGUGAUCUCGUACAACCUCUGGAACAUGGAUCCCGGAUAUGACAGCAUCAUCUACAGGAUGACCAAUCAGAAGAUCCGAAUGGACUGAUGUCGUCCGCCGCAUUCCAUUCCAUUUUGUGUUUUGUAUUUGAGUGCAUUUGAAUGUUUUAUUUUUGAUGUGUGCAUCACAGAAUUGCUUGUAUAAUUGCUAUGACGCAAUCAAACAGAUAUAAAGAUUAUUUAUUAAUGCCUGUUGAUAAAUGGAGAAAUAAAAUAGCUUGCGACAUUUCUUAAUCGUCGUGUCUUGUAGAUUUGCAUGAUGUGAAUCUACUGAAGAGGAAAAUCUGAUGUAAAGAAUUGAAAUCUAACUCUAUUUAUUGUUUGUUGUUCACUUCGUCGUGCUGUUUUCCUUCCUGAGUACUGGAUAUGGUGGAAUUGCUCCAUUGCCAUGUACAUUUGUUUAAUUGAAUA